CUUCCCAGGCAGGCGCGGAAAAUGGUGCUGCCUGAGCUGGCCGCUCGCCUCAACUGCACGGAGUACAAGAACUGGGUGAAGGCGGGCUACUGCCUGCUGCUGCUGCGCGGCUGCCUGCAGGGCUUCGUCGGCCGGGAAAUGGUGGCCUUUCACCGCGGCCUGCUCGCCUCCGCUCCCGGCCUGAGCCCCGGCACCACCUGCCGCAGCGGUUCGCGGUGCAGCCCGCGCGCCCGCCAGUUCCAGCCUCAGUGUCAGGUGUGUGCCGAGUGGAAGCGGGAGAUUUUGAAACAUCACACCAACAGAAACGGAGACGUCCACUGGGGAAACUGCCGGCCGGGCCGAUGGCCCGUGGACGCUUGGGAGGUGGCCAAGGCCUUCAUGCCCCGAGGACAGGCAGACAAAACAGGACCUGAGGAUUGUGAUGCCGUUGCCCUUUUAAACCUUAUCAACUCCUGUGAUCACUUCAUGGUUGAUAGGAAGAAAGUCACAGAGGUCAUUAAGUGUCGUAAUGAUAUCAUGCACUCUUCAGAGAUGAAGGUGUCUUCUACAUGGCUUCGAGAUUUCCAGGUGAAGAUCCAAAAUUUUCUGAAUGAAUUCCGUGGUAUCCCGGAGAUUGUGGAGGUGUACUCCAGAAUAGAACAGCUGUUGAUAUCAGACUGGGCUGUUCACAUCCCCGAGGAAGAUCAUCGAGAUGGGUGUGAGCAUGAAACAGGUGUUUACCUGAGUGAGAGCCAAGUGAAUGAAAUAGAAAUGGAAUUUCUAAAGGAAAAACUUCAAGAGAUGUAUCUUCAAGCAAAAGAACAAGAGGUGUUGCCAGAAGAGAUCUUAAAUCGACUGGAAGUGGUAAAAGAAUUUCUGAGAAACAAUAAAGAUCUUAGAAAUGGCCUUACAGAAGAUCUACAGAAGCUAGACAGCCUGCAUCUGCAGCAUCAAAAACUGAAUUCAAAAGAACCUGGGGCACAGACACCUGAAGGGGAGGCCUAAGGUUCCCCUUGAACAACAGUCGGACAUGUUCUUUGAAAGUCAGCACGGCUUCCAUCUCAGCCAUCAUCCUUUUCUGUGCGAAAGGAGAGACUUACCAGAGCACUCGACCCAACCAAAAAGAAAUGUUUGUUGUCUGUUCCUGAACUUGCCUUUAACUCUUCGGGAGUAUAUUUUUUAUAUUCCUAAGCUUGGUGUUGUGUGAUCUCUACUGACCAAAAAAUAUUAGACACUCUUAUGCCAAAACCAUUAGCCAGGAUUUUUUUGUUUUGUUUUGUUUUGUUACUGUUUAAAAGGUGAGAUUCCUUUCUUCUUCUAAACUGUCACUGCCUAAACACAGUAUAAAGGCUGUGUGUGGCCAGGCCCGUGUGAAGCGCCCUGCAGAGUUCUCUGACCACUGGCAGACAAGUCCUGCCCCGCCCCGCCCCCUCCCUCCUGAAAGUCUCACUCAUUCAUGAGGAUGCCCCAGGGGCGGUGAGCAGUGGUGUAAAAAUUGAGAUAGAAAUCCUUCCUUUUUUGGAAGAAGGCAAGAAAAUUUCCGGAAAGGCCAUUUUCUAGCCAUUUCCCAUCAGUUACAGAACUGUUAACGGUAACUAUUCCUGGUAGCCUGUGGCAGUAGGAUAAAGGGGUGGGCCCAGGCUGGUCAGUGCGAGGCUGGAGAACACAGCGACUUGACUGACCAAAGGGUGGGGGAGGGCGCGGUUCCAGGCCAGCCUCACAAACAGGGAUGUUGGGGAAAGCUCCGCAGUUGCUGGCUUGUCCGUGGCACUUAGAAAAAGAAAACUGUGUUGGCAGUCACAGCCCUUUCUGUUCACUUCGAUCCCAAGUGCUGAGUACCCCUCCUGUGCUCAAUGAAUAUUCCUUGACUGCCGAUAGCUUAGGAGUAUUCAUAUGUAGAUGUAAGUGUCAGUUAUACUGUUAUGUAAGCAGCCUGGUCCUUCCUUAGGAGAUGUAAGAAAAUUUCAACAUUCUUAUGGAAAUUCAAAGACAUUUUCUUUUAACAGAUUCACAAAUUUAUUCAUACUUCCUCUACUCCUUUUACCCAAAAAGUCAUCCAUUUCUGACUUUGUUUGUUUCCUGAAUUGUGAUGCCAUUGUCCCGGUCUGUGCUGUGCUGCUUAACCGGACCACGGACCACGUUGCCUCUGAACCUUCAGGGACAGAAUUGCCCCCGUCUGCUGCCUGGAGGAAUGUUCAAGGGAAGCCUAGCUCUUUUGCUUCCUCAGCUGCCCAUCCAGGAUGUGAUCUGUAGUGAAUGGGCUGAGGAUGGGGAAAUGUUUAAUGUAAAUCUGUUUACAUUAAAAGGCAUUUAGUGUAAUUGUGUAAAACCUGGAUGAAUGCAGAUGUGCCUGUAACUUCCUGCAUUAAUCUUUCUUGUUACUGUUUGGUCUUUAAUCUUGCAGUUUGUUUCUCCCUUCGUUUUAUGGAGUUCCUUGAGAUGACUUCCAUAGUAAAGUAAGAAGAAUUUUCAUUCAUCUUACAACUCCGCCCAAACUGAGAAACUGAAUUAUUUCCUAGCUUCUAGAUAAAAGAUACAGAACUUGGCAUCAAAUUAAAUAUUGAUUCACUAACAAAUUUCCAACUUUAGGAACUUGGGAUUAUGAACACUUUAUUUUCAUACCUCUCGUAUAUAGUUAGCUUUUCCUUAUCUAUCCAACAACAAUUUAUCAGUGUCAGCCAUAUGCCAGGCACUGACAUAAAUGCAAAUGUGAAGAUUUUAAAGGUAUGGUCAAUGUUCUAUGAGGUUUCAUCUUAUUGGAUUUAAUGUCUGCUCUGAUAAAUUAAGAUAUUGUUCAGAAAACUAUACUGGCAGCACUUAAUUACAUUGAAAUUGAAAUAAAGGAAGACAUUCCCAGAGAGGGCUCAAAAGCAAAUGUGGCGUGUAUAGGGACAUCUACCUGUGGGCCUCUCUUGUACAGACCUAUGCAUGCGAGCACAGAAUAUGCACCAAAGGGUAGUCAUAGCAAAAUUGGCAGCCAGCCCUCAGGACAGGGCUGGUUAAAUAAAUCACAACACAGCCAUGCUACAGGGUAUUACGUAAUUGGUAGAAAGAAUGAGGAAAUGCUGCAAUGCAGUAAUAUGGACUAACCUCUAAGACAUAGUAAAUAGAAAAGCAGAAUGUUUAACAAUGCAUAGCAUGCUAUGAAACUAUUUGUACUUUAAAAUAACAGGUCGGGAAAGUUGUGUUUUUCCAGCUUUGUUGCUGUUACCUCCAAAAGGAAUGGGGGUUGAGAGGAGUGGUUUGAACAAAUUGGGCUUUUCUACUUUGUAUACUCCCACAUGAACUUUUUACAACAAAUAUGCACUCGAGUAUUUUUAAUUUUUUUUUUGUUUAAAAUUUUAUAUUUCAAAA